UUUAUUCGUAAUUUGAAUAAAAUAGUUAAUAAAACAUAUAUUAUUUUAAAUUUUCCUUAAAGAAGUGGGAAUGAUUUUAAUUUAUUGAAAAUUGAAUAGUUUUAAAGUUUCCUUUUAAUGUUAUAUAUUUUAAUAUUUCCCAAAAAUUUUCUCAAAACAUUUCUUAAUUUUGUUUAUAAUCAUAUCAACCAAAAGUCUCUGAUAUUAGUCAAAUUUAUUGAAGUUCUUAUUGGUAAACUUGACAUCAGCUUUUGAGGUGUAGCCACAAUCAUUUUACAAUGUCAUCAUAUAAUAAGGCCAAUCUAUUUUAAACCAGUUUCUAAUUAACAAAUCUGGGUUCAUUGGUAAUGAUUCUACCAAUAGUACCACUUUACCAUAGAAAAAAAUUGAAUUUUCAAGGUAUUUAUUCCAAAAAAAUUGUUAUCAUUAAUAAUGGAUGAUAUUGAAGUUUCAUACAUUGAACUUAAAAAUUUAUGUGAAGAGAAUUUGAAAUUUUUCCAAAAUGAUGAAAAAAAAAGUUAUGCAAUAUUAUCAAAGAGUUUUAACCAACUUUUUAAUAAAGUUGGUUGUUUAAUACCUUUAAUUGAAUCACUUCGGAUUAGCUGCCAUUUAUAUGACUUUGAUCCAUCUACACCGGGAAAUGGUUACCGAAGCUUUAUUGCAGCUGUUGAUAUCUUCAUAGCUCAUUGUAUAAAAAUAUGUUCUCAGUUUACAGCUAAUCGUGAUUCAUUUUUCUUCCGUAAAACAUUUUAUACAAAAGAGAUUGAAGCAUGUAGUCAAGUGAUGGAUACAUUGGUAUUAUGUUUAGAAAAUUUAUGUCAACUAAUUGGAUGGAGUAAACCAGGCAUACUCUUUGCUGGAAAUGACAGUACUGCUUUUGAAAUGAUGAUGAAAAUUGAACCUUCAAAACUUUUACCCUUUUAUGGCCGUUGCUUGGCUUUUCAAUUUGGUGAGUCACUUCAACCUGCAUUAAAAACUAUCGCCAUUAUGAUGGCUUCAUUUAGUGAAGUAUAUUACUAUGAGAAUAGCAUGUUAGCCAAAGCUAAUGCUGCAUGGAAUUGUAGUAAGUAUAUGUUAAAUCCAGAAUUGAGAGCUCGUAGAAUUGUCAAUUUAAUUCAAUAUUCUUCUGUUGAAUUUUACCAAGCAUUUUUAUUUCUUGGAGAAACUGAAAUAUUGAAGAGUUUACCUAAUUUAGUAUCACCCACAGUUGCUGUAAAUCGUAUGAUAUCUAUUCCAAGUAAACCAAUUGUAUACUUAAAACCUAAUGGACAACAAUAUGAACUUAAACCUCCCGAGAGUCAUGUAGGAUUAGCACCUUUAAAUGUGCGAUUAAUUUCAAAAACUAAACGUAGAGGCAUGCUCGAUGAAAGUCCUAAAAAUAAUGUAUUUCCUGAGGCCUCGGAAAAUCUAAUAAUUCAUUGUCAUGGAGGUGGCUUUGUAUCUCAAAGCUCUAGUUCUCAUGAAUCAUACUUAAGAGAUUGGGCUGUACGCUUAAAUAUACCUAUAUUAUCAGUAGAUUAUUCCUUAGCUCCAAGAGCACCUUAUCCAAGAGCGAGAGAAGAAGUGUUAUUUGCAUAUAUUUGGGCAUUGAACAAUGCAGCAUACUUAGGAUCUACAGCUAAACAUGUAAUAUUGGCUGGCGACUCUGCUGGUGGAACUUUAAGUGCUUGCGUAGCGCUCAAGUGUAUUGAUAUGGGAUUUAGAAUACCUGAUGGAUUAUUUUUAGCUUAUUUUCCUUCUCUUAUAGCCUGGUCACCUACACCUGCUAGAUUUUUAAGUUUAAUUGACCCUUUAUUACCCUUAGGGUUUAUGAUAAACUGCUUAAAAGCUUAUGCAUGUCCACCUGAAAACUAUCAAGAUAACACAUAUGAAUAUAAAUUAAAAAGAAUAAAAAAAAGCAAAAGUAGUAUAGCCAAUGGAAAUUUAGUAAAAGAAGUUGAGUCCAGUGAAGAAGCUUUGGAGUUAAUUUCAACUAAUGGUGACGGAUAUCUUCCAGAAAUACCUAUAAAAGAUAAUAGUGAUACAAAUGUAGAAAAAAAUUGUGAUUCAAAACAAUUUUCUUCUAUGAUAUCUGAAACAACUGAAAAUAUUUCAUCAGCUAUAUCUGAUACAUUCACAACUUUAACAACAGGAAAUACAGAAGAUGAUAUUAGUGAUGGAGAUGAUGCUUUAGAUGAAGUUGAUGCUUUAGAUGAAGUUAUUGAAGAAACUGCUUUACUAAUUGAUUUACCUAAAUUGCCUGAGGAUCCAUUUCUUUCGCCAUAUUUGGCAAAUGACGAUAUAUUCAUAAAACUACCUACUGUUCAAAUUAUAACUGUGCAUAUGGAUCCUUGCCUAGAUGACUGUAUUAUGUUUGCGAAACGAUUAAAAAACUUAGGUAAAAAGGUAAAACUAGACAUACUUAAAGGAUUACCUCAUGGAUUUUUAAAUUUAGCAGUAACAUGUAAAGAAGCACAUGAAGGAUCUGUUUUUUGUGCACAGCGCAUUAGUGAUAUUUUUGAAGAAUUACAAAAUAGUACUAACCAUUAGUUUUACUUCAAACAACAUAAACAAUUUUUUUAUUAGCAAAUACUCUAUCAAUAUCUUUUUAAUUACUCAUCAUACUUCUCAAUUGAUUUAAUUGUGAUAUUUUUAUUAUUAGUGAAUAAGAAGAUAAUACUUACCUAUAAAUCUAAACAAAUGUUAAUU